AUGGGUACUGUUGAGAGCCGAAGCGAGGAGUCCGAGCCGGUGAGCGAUGGGGUCUUGUUGUCGCAGUUGAUUCAAUUGCUUCAUCGGCGGCCCAAGCAGAGCCUUCCUUUAGCUGAUCUGAAAGCGCUGUUGCCUAACUCCUUGAGGAAGCGGGCGCAAGAUCAUGGAGGCCUGAAAAUGUGGAUCCAGCAAUACCACAGUCUCUUCGAAGUGGUUGGAGAGAUCAACAAGGAGACUGUGGUGCUCAACAUCAGUUCCUCGAGCGAUCGACCACUGCAGGUGGAUUCGCCGAACAGUUCUGAGCCACAGCAAGAGCCGGAUCCAGCUGCAACUCCUGAACAUCCACAACCAAUUUCGAGACGCCAGGAGAAGCAGCAGCAGGAUGCAAAGAAUGCGUUACUUUUCGACGAGGAUGGUCAAGGGCAUUUGGCCGUACAAUUGAGAGGUUUGCCGUACAAGGCAACGGUGGAGGACAUUCGGAACUUCUUGGACACUCAUGUUGAACAUCUUCAUGAAGAGAACCCCAUCCACUUGAUCUUGAACCGUGAUGGGCGACCCUCUGGCUUUGCCCGCGUGCUCUUCGAGUCCCAAGAGUCCGCUCGCUUGGCGCGGGAUGAGUUGCAUCUCCGCGGCAUGGAGGACCGAUACGUCGAGGUCUUCCUCUAUCCCGAGCGGCCGAGCAAGGGCCGCAACCGACGAUUGGAGGAGGGCGAAAAGCCGGCCAUGGCCGAAGCCAAUGGAAUGACCUUGGACACCGUGGUGAAUGAGUGCCGCGCGGAGAUGGCCAAGCCCGGCAAGAGGAAGAUGCUGCUCAGCAUGCUUGGAGUGAAUCUGUCUGCAGGUCAGACGCAUCAGGCGGUCUCUGAGAACAAGAAGAGGAAGUUCGUUUGUCGAUUGUGUGGCGCCAAUCAGUCUGUCCAGCAUGUGAUCGCUCGAGGAGCGGCCGGAAAAGAAUUGCGCCUGAUCGUGCAGGAGUUGAACUAUACCAAGGGGAAAGAGGCGGAAGCAAAACGCCUCGCUGGCCUCGCUGAACAGGAAAUGGCGUCGGAGCCGAUCAUGGCUCCUCAGGCUGAGUCAUUGCCGCCUUUAGUGGCAGCCAGGCCAGCCUCAGAGGAACCCCAAAGAUGGGUAUUUUGGCGUGUCCCAAUAUCCGGCCGCUGCGUCUCUGGGGGACUAGACAGGCCAGCAUGCUCAAUUCCUGCCUGCCGCUAG